AUGGUGGCGGCGAAUGAAAUGCUGCAGGUGGCAUUGUUAAGUGGCAAGACAGCCCAGCUGCCCAUUCAGCCUGAGACCAUGCUGAAGGAGGUGAAGGAGGCAGCUGAGGAUGAGCUGGAAGUCGGCAUAAGGCAUUUCGUCCGAGAGGAUGGCACAGUCAUGGGCGAAUGGCAGAUGGUGCGGCAGGGAGAGAGCCUUCAAGCCGUGGCCGGCUACAACAUCAAGGUUAGGCACCAUGCCCAAGCUUUGUUGGACAAGAUUACUCCAGUCAAUUGCCCAGGCUUCAGAAAGAUCAUGGAUGAUCUUUUGGGCAUUGAGCUGCAUAAUGGUGAAGAGUUGAAGUGCAUCCUCCGAUCCGUAUUCAAGAAGGCAAUAGAAGAGCCUGCUCAUGGCGAAACCUGUGCGCGCAUCGCUGUUGGUUUCAGGGAGCGCUACCCAGAGUUUCGGCCUGAAAACGAGAGUCAGAAGCCGUUGUCUUUCAUCCGUGCGCUGGUGCCCAUUUGCCAGGAGGAGUUUGAGAGCAUGCCAAUCACAUUUGAAGCAUCACAACUGGACAAGGCCAAGUUCCCGCGAGCUGAGACCUUGCAAGCGGAGCUCACUAGAAGGAAACACAGGAUGCUGGCAUGCGUCAGUUUUUUGGGGCAUCUGUUCUUGGAACGCCUCUUGGCAAUGAAGGUGAUUGGGCAGAUAGUUCAUGACCUGAUAGGCCCCAGAAGAGGCGACGGGGAUCCACCCCAUGAGCACAUGAUCGAAUGUGUGCUGAAGCUUCUGACAUUAGUCGGGCGAACUUUGGACGCUGAUAUGCCGACUGGUGUGGAGUUAAUGAACAGCUUUGAAGCACGACUGAGAACUUUGGUGUUACUUCGAUCUGGCGGCACGCGCUUGUACUCAGACCAAGUUCGAUCCGCUAUGAUUGACAUGCUGGAAUGGCGCAGCAACGCCUGGUGGCCUCGGGCUCACUUCGAGCACCUGCAGUGA